GGGUCCUGGUCGGUGUGGUCCUGCGCUACGGCAUCCACGUCCCCAGUGACGUCAACAACGUGACGCUGAGCUGCCAAGUGCAGACCAGUCCUGCCACACUGCUGGUGAACGUCAGUGGCAAGUACUACGAGUACACCCUGAAGGGGGAAAUCAGUGCCCAGGAGCUCAACAACGUCCAGGAUAAUGAGAUGCUGAGAAAGGUGACUUUUGAUCCUGAAGUAUUUUUCAACAUUUUGCUUCCUCCAAUUAUAUUUUAUGCAGGCUACAGCUUGAAAAGGAGGCAUUUCUUCAGAAACUUGGGAUCCAUCCUAGCAUACGCUUUUCUCGGCACUGCAAUUUCCUGCUUGGUGAUCGGCUCGGUCGUGUAUGGCUGUGUGGCACUGAUGAAAGUCACUGGGCAGCUCGGGGGGGACUUCUACUUCACAGACUGCCUGCUGUUCGGUGCCAUCGUGUCAGCCACUGACCCAGUGACUGUUCUUGCCAUAUUCCAUGAACUCCAGGUUGAUGUUGAGCUGUAUGCCCUUCUCUUUGGCGAAAGCGUCCUCAAUGAUGCCGUUGCCAUAGUGCUGUCUUCUUCGAUUGUUGCGUACCAGCCAGCGGGGGACAACAGCCACACGUUUGAUGUCACAGCGAUGUUCAAGUCCAUCGGGAUUUUCCUGGGGAUAUUCAGUGGAUCUUUUGCCAUGGGAGCAGCUACUGGAGUUGUGACAGCUUUAGUCACCAAGUUCACCAAGCUUCGGGAGUUCCCGUUGCUGGAGACUGGCUUGUUCUUCCUGAUGUCCUGGAGCACGUUCCUGCUGGCCGAAGCGUGUGGCUUUACAGGUGUGGUGGCUGUCCUCUUCUGUGGGAUCACGCAGGCCCAUUAUACCUAUAACAACUUAUCUACAGAGUCCCAACACAGAACGAAGCAGUUGUUUGAGCUUCUGAAUUUCCUGGCAGAAAACUUCAUCUUCUCCUACAUGGGACUUGCACUGUUCACCUUCCAGAACCAUGUCUUUAACCCUACCUUUGUGGUGGGGGCUUUUCUUGCUAUCUUCCUAGGAAGAGCUGCCAAUAUUUACCCUCUGUCAUUUUUACUGAAUUUGGGGAGAAGAAAUAAGAUCGGAACAAAUUUACAGCACAUGAUGAUGUUUGCAG